AUGGAUGUGGGCGCCAGGGAAUUCGGGCACCCAACCACCAUAUCAGGAGGCAUGAUGAAAUUAGGUUGGGAGGUUACAGAAGAAGGACCCAUACCCAAUCCAUUAGGCAUCGUAGGUGGCGUGAAACGAGCCGUAUUCCGGGAGGGAAGCAUGUUGGGAGAUGGACAAGAAGUGAAACCACCAAGCCCAUUUCCGCCAUCAAACAAAGACGAUGCACUGUUGGAUCGAACCGGUUGGUGA